AAGAAAGGCGUUCCAUACUACAUAUUGUUGAUUCUUGAGUUGAAAAUGGAAGCUUGCAUGAAUGUCGAGAGAGAAGCUGAUAAAGUUAUUGGGAAAUUUCAUGGUGUUUUGAAUCAUGCUGAGAGAACAUUAGAUGAAUUAAUAGAAAACCUUGCAUCUGUGCAAGAAGAAUUGUCAAAGUCUCCCCAUGAUGACCAAUUCAAUCUGUUUCAUAAUCACCUGCUGUCAUCCAGUAUAAAGCGUGUAAGAGAGAUAACAUCCAGACUUAGCAAUGAACAUAAAGAUAUUCAUAGUAGUGUCUCCAAAGUAGGAAAAUCAAUAGACAAAAAUUUUGUAAGUGAAUUGAUAGACCUGAACCAAGACCCAACGUAUGGCAAUGAAGACCGCAUGAAACUCCUCAAUACUGUCGUCUUUGAACACUUUCUAAGGCAGGGUAUGCUAGACAUUGCAGAAAAUUUAUCUCAGGAAUCCAAUCUUGAUGUGUCAGACUCUGCUAAAGAACCAUUUGUAGAAAUCAACAGAAUCCUUGCUGCACUGCAGGAGAAGAAUCUGCAACCAGCGUUACAAUGGGCAGCAAAUCACAGGGAGCAACUCAGGUCACAGAACAGUUCACUGGAAUUCAAGUUACACAGGUUACACUUCAUAGAGCUCAUACGGCAAGGUCCAGAGAAGCAGAUUGAAGCUCUCCUUUAUGCACGUCACUUCUCCCAGUUUGCAGGAGCCCAUGAAAAAGAAUUGCAGAUCUUGAUGGGGAGUUUCCUGUACAUUCGUCAAGGCUUGGAAGCUUCACCUUAUGCACGUCUCUUAGAUCCCGUUAACUGGUUGGAAAUAUGUGACGUCUUUACCCAGGAUGCCUGCUCUCUCUUGGGCUUGUCUAUUGAAAGUCCUCUUACAGUGGGUGUUUCAGCAGGUACCAUAGCACUGCCAGCUCUUCAGAAGAUCAAACAGGUUAUGCAACAGAGACAGUGCCAUGUCAUGUGGACUGCUAAGGAUGAACUGCCAAUUGAAGUUGAGCUUGAGCCAAGACAACGCUACCACUCUAUAUUUGCUUGCCCAAUCCUGAGACAACAGGCCUCAGAGAACAACCCUCCUAUGCGUCUGGCAUGUGGUCAUGCAAUCUCAAGAGAUUCACUCAAUAAACUUAUCAAUGGAAACAAGAUCAAAUGCCCUUAUUGUCCAGUAGAAUCUUCACCAAAUGAUGCCAAACAGCUGCAUUUGUAACUGACACAAUAUAUCAAGAUGAUAAGAUUGUAAGGAAUCUACUCUACCCAGACUACUACAUUGGUUAGAUCAUGUUUAUGGGAUGCUCUUAUGGUCAGUCAGGUUAUAUCCCAUAUGAACAUAUUACCACAAGUCAUUUUUCAACAUUUCUGAAACAGGCCCUUUAAGGGGUUAAAGAUGAGAUGCCCUGUUGCAAAGUUGCACUCAAAUGCAAGUAAGAGAAACCAAAAUAACUGAUUUCAACCGGUCAAAGGUAGGGAUAGCGCCACAAGUGCACUGAGGUGACCCCCUAUGAUUUUUUUUUUAAGUAGAGGAGGAAAACAGAGAUAACAGUAUGAUAAAGAAAAAUCUUUGUCAUAUUAAUAUACAGUGCAUCCCAGUGAAAAAGACUUUUAUCGGUGAUUUAUCAUAACUUAAUCGCAUAUACAAUAUACAGGCACAUUUACUAUCAAUGUAAUGCUUAGAAUCUCCUCUUUCACCUGGUAUAACUCAUUCCUCAUUCUCGCAUGAGUGAGUAAAAACAAUUUGAAGAAAUGAUACCAAAAAGUAACUUAUCAGUGGGUAUUUGAAAUUUAUUUGUGUAUUGUAUUUGUAUUAAGUUAUGAUAUAUCUUUGAUAAUUUCUUUUUUUCUUAAGGGGGGAGAUGCACUGUAUAAUACCCUGAUUAUUCCAUUGAUAAACAUCUCACCUUUAGUUUUUUCUUACCGGGGGUACCUCCCCUAUCAAAAUAUGGUGACUUUCCUGAUCAGAAGCAAGUAUUUGAAACUUGUUUCUAUUAUUUUUGAUAGUUUUUUUUAAACACAACUCUAUCCACAAGAGGUCCUUGAUUGAAGGAAUCAUUCUUUGGAGUGGAUUUAAUGGUGACUGACAGACAAAAUAUUCUUAAAGGAGAAUGAAACUCUUGGAGCAAGUUAGCUUUUGUGAAAGCAGAAAAAUCAAAGAAUAAGACCAACAAAAGUUUGAGUAAAAUAGGACUAGCAAUAGAAGAGUUAUGAGCAUUUGAAUGUCGAGAUCACUAAUGCUAUGGAGAUCCUCCUAUUGGCAACGCAACCGAGAUCUAUGAUAUCACAGAUGAACAACUCUCCCCUUUUGGACACUGAAAAUAUACCCCAAAACAUCUCUUUUUGCUCUUUCUAAUCAUAUGACAAACGAUUCAUCAAUGAUAUAAUGUUGUGAAACCUCUGUACUUGUCUUCUCAUAAAGAGAACACCUCACCUUGUGAUAGAUUCUAUAAAAGUGAGAAUAUAAGUGAAAUAAGUACUAAAGCAAUGAGGGAGUUGUACGUGUGUGACAUCACAGAUCUUGGUCGCAUUGCCAAUGGGAGGAUCUACAUGGCAUUAGUGAUCUCAAUAUUCAAAUGCUCAUAACUUAUUAUUCAUUCAAUCUUCCUCAAACUUUUAACAAUAUGUUUCUUUGAUUUUUCUCUUUGAUAUGGAUUCAGCUGGUUUCAAGGGUUUCAUUCUCCUUUAAAGUCAAUAUUCAUAUGGAAAUAUUUAAGUAUUUAAAGUUUGCUUCUUUUGGCAGGCAUUAAUGCUGCAAUAGAUCAGUAUGAUUUAUGAGGAGACACAAGUCCCAAGAUUAGCAAUUUCAGACCUAUGCUGAUUAUUUCUAUCUACUGCAUGUGCAUUUUUAUUUUGGUCAACAGGAAGAGAGAAAUUUUAAUGCAAUAAAAGAAAAUCAAAAGCUCACAAAAGUGAGUUUGUUGUUCCUUUCAAGAAGUCUAAUAUGGAGGCAGGAAUGCCCUUAAAGAUGCUCAUAAGUUCAACAAUGAAGAAAAAGAAAGAUAUAUAUGUAAAUAUUAUUGUGAUAUUUAUCGUAAUCAGAUGUUAUAUAGAGACAAUACGAGAGAAGAGUGGCAUUAAUUGUAAAGGAGACAAGAUGUAGAUACAGAAUUGAUGUCAUUAUGUUCAGUGAGAAAAGCAUACAGGGAUGUGUACGUUUCUUCUGGUUGAAAAUAGUUUACACAGAAUUGUUGACAAUGCAGGUGUAUUAAGAUGUACAUAAAUAAAUAUGAAUUUAUCAGAAAAGUUGAGUCAUGAUAGAGGAGAAAUGAUCAUGGAUAUCAUCUUAUAAUUAAACUAGAUUCAGGCUCUUAUUUGGUGGGAUCAUGAUCUUGGUUGAUAGCAGGUUAUGUGGCCAGUCAAAGAUGUAUCAAUUCUAAAUAAUUAUUUUUUGUUUGAGGGAUGCAGCCAAAUCUGAAAUCCAACAGUAAUCCUCACUGUUACCCUCAUGUUUGCUGACCUUGUGAAACAUCCUAGUCCAUGUCUAUUUUAGAUAAGAGCAACUGUCAGGCCAUCAGCAGAGUGAUAAUGAAGGAUACUCAGUUGUAGGUAAAACCGUCAUUUCCAUAUUUCGCUGAGGAUGUACAAAUAGUAUUUGAUAUGAACAAUCAAUGUUUUGAAUAAUGGUAUGAAGGCUAUGCAAUCCCUCCUAGAAAAACAAAUACAAUUCCAAUAUCAUAGUGACAUCAUAGCAAUCUAGCAAUCCAAUAUGAUUUGAAACUGAUUUGGACGUUACUCUGGCCAAAAGGCUUGUACUAAAACAGAAUUUUGAUUUUUUAAUAGUAUUGUUUAAGUGUCACAUCUAAAUGCAAGAUGCCAUUUGUAUUUAAGUUAAGUUGCAACUGGAUCACAUUUUGUGCAGCAGGCUUUACACUACAAGGAUGAAAUCAUUGCUGAAUAUGACAUAUUUAGGUUUUCAAAAGGAUGAAAAAUAAAAUAUACAUUGAGGAUUAUUCAAACUUUUAUUUGGCUAGAUUUUGUUUCAACAGUCCUGUAUUUAUUAGGUUAUUUAUUAAUUUCACAAUAAAACAUACCGAAGAACUAAAUUUGACCACUGGUUGAAAUGCCUUUAGAGAACAGUUCACCUCACGCUUUUAAUUUUUUCCCCUAUUUUUUUGCCAUUGUAAUUAAAAUCAUUUAUUAGAAUGUGAUUAACCUUCAAGCUAUAGGAAAAUUAAGUGCAAUAGUAAUGGCUGUUUACAAUAUAGGAUAAUAAUAUUAACCAACGAAUCAAUCUGAUAAAGCUGCUCAUAGACCUAUUUGGUUUGGUAGUUUCUAACCAGCAACUUGUUCCACUGGAUACAGAACUCCCGUAUUCCCAUAGACCUUGUUUAGGGACCAUUUGGUUCCGGUAGGCAUCAGGUAUGCCUAGUAAAAAAAAAAAUUCAUGCAUACCUUUUUGAGUUUUCUAAUCUUCUAACCAAAUAGGUCGUUAAAAGCUAGUUGUUUUUUUUAAUUUUAUUCUACAUUUCUCUGGGUGGGUGGAUAUGGUACAUGUACAUCCUCUUAAACUUUAUGAAUUAAAACUGCAGCAUUUCAGAUUCUUUGACAUUCAUCAGGGAAAAUACUAUGUUCCAUAGUACAGUGUCAGGGAAAAUAAAGAUUGGAUAUAUCUAAAAAAAUGUAGAAAUAUUCUGAUAUACCUUUAAAAAGGAAACAAGCUUUACCCUAUGUCAAGAGAUGAUUUUGUGUUGGUGAAUAUUUUGCAUUUUUAUAAGUUAACUGCAUUAGUGUGGAAGAAAUGGAAGUCAUCCAGUUUGAAUUCCAUAUGUAUGACUCUUCUAUCUACGUUUUAGUUUUCAGUUAACCAAGUUUAACACUAUGUGUGCAGUAUGAACUGAUUAAUGUUAUCUUUUGUAAAUUUGUAGAUUUUUGUACAGUUGGUAUGAUAUUAAAUAAUAAACAUGAACUAUACUCAAA